AUGCAUAUCACACACGUCAAACGCACCGCUGGAUUCGGCGCUUCCGUUCUCAAACAUCUCCGGUCAUUCGCAGGAGUGAUUAUCGCAAAUCUCACUCUCAUGCACGCAAAUAUACCUUAUAUUCGGGACAUCAAAUACAACUUCAUCACGUUGCAUUAUGUAUAUCUCGUAUUGUGGGCUUUCGUUGGAUCUAUCGUGCUAGUUGCUGGUGGCAAUAUGCCGUACAUCGACGCCCUGUUUUUCGCUUCUGGCGCUGCUACGCAAAGUGGGCUCAACACUAUUGAUAUUAACAAGAUACCAACCUACGCCCAAAUCUUCCUGUACGUUAUAGGUAUGUGGACCAAUCCCAUCGUGGUUAAUACCUUUGUCGUUUUUGUCCGGCUUUACUGGUUUGAGAAGCGAUUCCAGCAUAUCGUUAGAGAUGCCCGUGCUCUACGGCGGACGAGAACUAGGACAUUCACAACGGGGAGAGAGCAGCAUGAUGUUAAUCGAGAGGAACAAGGCGUCCGUGGACAGUCAAUAGUUGUGCUACGGAAUGAGCAGGGCGAGGCUCGUGACGGAACUCAAGAUAGUCACAAAACGGAUACCGAUGCCAAUUCAGACACCGGAACGUCCAACGCAACAUCUAAUGACCGUCGCGAUGAGUCUUCUAAAUUGAGUCCACCGUCUCCGUUAAGUGAUACUGAAGGUCUACGCCUUCCAACCCAAAGGAGUCCAGAGCAACACAUUGCCUUUCUGGAACAUCAACGAACGGACAAAGGCACCUUGCGCAUUCCCAGCCCACGGGAGUUCGACCGUGGUGGUGUUCCUCAGGCUUUAGAUGAAGCUGUCGAGGAUAACCAGGAUAACCCUACUAGUCCCCAGUCGCGACCGGUAGAUGAGGAACAGCAACGUCAAGAAAGCGGAAAUGAACUUGGGAAUCAUAUUACCAUUAACGAGCCUGAUAUCAUGCGCUUCAGAGCACGGACCAGUACUUUUCCUCGAAUAAAUUCACAACGCACUACUAUGCGCGACGAAGAAGGUGACAACGAGCCUAGACGCCUUCGAACUCGGCGAGGUACCUUCACCGGUAUAUUCAGAUCCAUGACUCAGGAGCAAGACAGAGACACCCUACCGUAUUUGAGCUGGAAUGCUACAGUUGGUCGAAAUUCAGCCUUCAUUGCUCUCACCGAGGAGCAACGUGAGGAACUUGGAGGUAUUGAAUACCGAGCUCUUAAGACGCUCGCUCUUGUGUUGGUUGGAUAUUUCGUUGGCUUCCACAUUAUGGGUAUAGUCUGUCUUGUCCCAUGGAUCGUUGCUAGUCAAAAAUACGGAGCCGUAGUGACCGGUGAUGGCCAAGGCCGCGCUUGGUGGGGUGUCUUCACGGCUCAGUCGGCCUUCAACGACGUAGGGUUCACCUUGACGCCCGAUUCUAUGAAUUCUUUCAAUGAAGCUGUGUGGCCGCUUCUCAUUAUGAGCUUCCUAAUCGUCAUUGGUAACACCGGUUUCCCUUGCAUGCUACGUCUGCUCAUUUGGAUAAUUUCCAAAUUUACAAUAACCGGCAGCGCUCUAUGGGAGGAGCUUCGGUUUUUAUUAGAUCAUCCUCGGCGAUGUUUCACUUUACUCUUUCCUCGAAACGCUACGUGGUGGCUCUUUGCUAUUUUGGUUGUAUUGAACGGUGCGGACUUGCUUUUCUUCAUUAUACUUGAUCUUAAUGACCCGACUAUCACCUCUAUUCCCGCUGGUUACCGGGUGUUGGAUGGUCUGUUCCAGGCAUUUUCGACAAGAACUGCUGGAUUCGGAGUAGUAAAUCUCUCAGCUUUGCACCCGGCCAUCCAGGUAUCCUAUCUGAUUAUGAUGUACAUCUCCGUCUUCCCAAUCGCCAUUUCCAUGCGACGAACCAAUGUGUACGAGGAGAGAAGUCUCGGUAUAUACGGCUCGGCCGAAGAAGAAGCGGAAGACGUAACUGAACCUAGCUACAUUGGUGCUCAUUUACGCCGGCAAUUGAGUUUCGAUUUGUGGUAUAUCUUCUUGGGACUGUUCAUCAUUGCCAUUGUUGAAGCCGAUCGCUUGGAGAGUGGCGCAGAUAGUUAUGCAUUCUCUCUAUUCGCCGUCCUGUUCGAAAUCGUCUCCGCGUACGGCACAGUUGGUCUGUCCCUUGGAUACCCAAACACGAAUGCAUCCUUUUCCGGGCAGUUCAGGGUCAUUUCGAAGUUGGUCAUCAUUGCUAUGCAGAUUCGUGGUCGACACCGUGGAUUGCCGUAUGCGCUUGAUCGAGCUAUUCUUCUCCCUUCUGAAUCUCUACAGCAGAGGGAACAAGACGAUGCGGAGCGACGUCUACGUCGUCGGACUUCGAAUCUCAGUGACAUGGCAGCUAACGGACAGUCGUCCGGGAUAUUUCAAAUAGGCACGAAUUACUCCUUAGGGAGCAGGACUAGAUCUAGACCUAGACGGUCGGAGGAUAAUUGAUUUUGCUUGAAUCAUGUUCGCUUAUUUAUGUUAGGUUUCUGUUGAUUUAGAGCGGGUGGGUAUACGGCUUGUCGAUUAUUGAUUGCUAUACUAAUAAUAAUAUAAUGCCCAGAAUCUUUACAUGGAUUCCUAUGUCGUUCGCAGUCUUGCAGGUUAGGAGGAGCUUUGGACUUGUUGAAGACAUUGUAAUGUGUAGACUAUGACAAAAUUUGUACAAAUAUGUUCUUUGAUAUGGAAUAGCUGCUACUGCAUUUGUACUGGCGAGAAUUGUGAUACUCUUUGGGAAUCGAUUCCAUUGCUAGACAUUAUGGAUAUUUUCACAUAUGUACUAAGUCUCAGCCAUGGCAUAUAAGACUAAGGCACUCCUAAAAAAGAAUAAAUGGCAUCAGAGGUACCCUUGACAUCCUCAAAUAAAUGCCAUUGCGCAACACCAUCCAAAACCUUCACUUCAGAAGACUUUAUACGCUUCCCAUAGUCAGAACAUACAUCCGGCGUACUAAACUCAUCUUCGAGACCAGCGAUAAUCAAAGUCUUGCAUGACGCUGGUAAUUGAGCUAUAUCUAGAAUCUCCUCGGCCGAUCUCGCCAGUGCCAUGCAUGCCUUUGCGAAUCCCUCUGGAUCUUGACCGAGUAGAGACAUGCGUGUUGCGGCCACUGCUAGGGGAUUGUCAGUCUUUGUCUCAAUGGAAAGAUCUGUAUUGACCAUGGUAUCCACUA